CCAUGCAUCUUUCUUCGAAUCAAUGGCUACCAAUCCAUGAUGGCGUCAGUCUCCCCCCUUCCAUUUUUUUUUCGGUAGUUAUUUCUCUUCUCUCUCAAUCUCUCACACAAAUCAUCCAGAGAGCCAAGCAGAAGCAGCCAUGAAACAAGUUGCUUUUCUGCUUCUUUUUUCACUCUGUUUCCUCUCUGUAACCUCUGCAGCCCCUGCCCCUCCUCCUUCUCCGACGACAUGCCCGAUGGACCUCAACUAUGUCCUGAGAAUCCCAUGGAACACUUCGCUCUGCAAACAGUUUCAGCCCAGACCCACCUCCCAAUACGAAUCCAACAGAACAACAUCAUGCUGCCAAAGCCUCCUCUCCCUCUUCGGCGUAGCACUUGCCCAACACCUCAAAGAAACGUCUCUGUUCCAACUCCCCGACCUCCCCACCUCCAAUUCUUGUCUCCAAGAUUUCCAAUCCAAGCUCACCGACCUCUCCCUCGCCUCCAAUCUCGUCUCCUCUUGCUUCGACCCUCUGCAGUUUGUCAUCAGCAGCAACAUCUGCGCCCACAUAGAGUCUACGCAAGACUGGGUCAGCAAGCUCGGCUCCAGCACUGCUCUGGACUCCGGUUGCCGGGCGGACCUCACUGAUCUCUCUUCCUGUGACGCCUGCUUGUCGGCCGGCCUCCAGGUUCAGCGGGAUUUGAUUUCGAUUGACGGUAAUUCCUCUCAGGCCAAAGCUACGGAUUGCUUUUACUUUACUAUUCUUUAUGCUGCUGGUAUUGUGAAUAAGCUUGGACCCGAAAGCGAUGGCGCUGUGUCGUGUAUUUUCGGUUUAGCGCUUAAUUCGCAAGUGGGUUCCUCGAGUAAGGGACAUUCUAGUCUUGUUUUUGGGUUAACAGGAGCUGGGGUUGCGGUUUUGGUCAUGUCCUGUUUGUUGGGAUUUUACUUCUGGUUUGAUAGGAGUUGGAGGAGGAAGAAGAAAAAGUAUGCUUUGGGGGGUAAUUUGGGAAAUGGGUAUGAUUUGGAAGAACGAGGGUCUUCUAGGCCGCGUGUGAGGCCGAAUACCGGCUCGAUUUGGUUCAAACUUGAGGAGCUUGAGAAGGCAACUAACAAUUUCUCGCAGAAGAAUUUCAUCGGCCGAGGCGGGUUUGGGUUGGUUUAUAAAGGGGUUUUACAGGAUGAAACUGUGGUUGCUGUGAAGAAGAUUAUAGAAUCUGAGAUUCAAGGAGAUGUUGAGUUUUGCAAUGAGGUUGAGAUUAUCAGCAAUUUGAAGCACCGGAAUCUUGUUCCCCUUAGAGGGUGUUGUGUGGUUGAUGGGGAUGAAGCAUAUGAUGAGAGGAGAAAUCAGAGGUACCUUGUGUAUGAUUACAUGCCUAAUGGCAAUCUUGAGAACCAUCUGUUUCCCUUGGCUGAUGGUGGAAUGGGGGAGAAGAAACUAUUGACAUGGCCUCAGAGGAAAAGCAUAAUCUUGGAUGUUGCAAAGGGGUUAGCUUAUUUACACUAUGGAGUUAAGCCUGCAAUAUAUCAUAGAGAUAUCAAGGCCACAAACAUACUAUUGGACGCCGAUUUCAGAGCAAGAGUGGCUGAUUUUGGGCUUGCAAAGCAGAGCACGGAAGGCCAGUCUCAUCUCACAACCAGAGUUGCUGGAACACAUGGCUACUUGGCCCCGGAAUACGCGCUUUACGGACAGCUGACUGAGAAGAGUGACGUUUAUAGUUUUGGAGUCGUCAUUUUGGAGAUAAUGUGUGGGAGAAAAGCUCUUGAUUUGUCAUCAGGGUCACCACAAGCGUUUCUGCUAACAGAUUGGGCUUGGUCACUGGUAAAAGCUGGAAAAGUAGAACAGGCUUUUGAUGCCUCUUUGUUGAAAGAUGGGGGGGAUUCUGUGAAUUCAAAUCCAAAGAGCAUAAUGGAGAGAUUUUUGCUUGUUGGAAUCUUGUGUGCUCAUGUAAUGGUUGCCUUGAGGCCAACCAUUAUAGACACCUUGAGAAUGUUGGAAGGAGAUAUUGAGGUUCCACCAAUUCCGGAUCGACCGAUGCCCCUGGCGCACCCUUCACUUUAUGGCAAUGGCAAUACUUUCAGCAUAUCACCGGCGCUAAGCGGGCCAAAAUUACAUAGUGGGGACAUGCUCAGGUAAUCAAGAAAGUAGUAUUUUUUCAUAGUUUCUGCGUUUGCUGAAAAGAAUAUAGAGAGGUGGAAGCCGUGUAUAUGGAAAGCCCUUCUUUGCAUGGAUUCAAUGUGUAUUUAAGCAUUUAAAUGCAUAUAAGAGCCAUGAACCAAAGAGUAUGAUACUGUUACCUGGAGCCAUACCUACGACCUCUUGUUAGGAGGUCAAGAAUUUGAACCGACCAAAUAUAGGAGAAGGUUUUACUUUGCUCAUGCAGUUGCAUUGCCAUGAUGGUUGUUAGGAUAUGUAUUUUCCAUAUUAGGUCGACUAUAUUUCCUUGUAAUAUUCUCCAUUUAGGAUUAAUUGUAAUUAAUUACUACACUUGUCCACCACAGUUUUCCUAUAAAUAGGAACCUUUGUAUUAUAAACAAUAAUCAAGUUAAUAAGAGCACAAUGUAGUUCUUGGGCAA